GCUCACUCCCUCUGAACCUUGUCAAGCUCUCAGGAGGCCCUCCGCCAGAGCUCUGCGAAGAUGCCAUGUUUUGUUCUUGACCACAACCCAAAUUGAUUGACAGUGACUUGUCUGUGUGUCUGUGCACAGUCUCCACAGCAUUGCUGUAGCAGCAGAAGCGCCAAGAUGCCUGACACAAUGUGUCAUGUCCAAGGAGCCCACUUCCAACCUUGAAAGCGCCAUGCAAAUGCUGAUCAAAACCUUCCACAAGUACUCAGGCAAGGAGGGCGACAAGUACACACUGAGUCGGGGCGAGCUCAAAGAGCUGCUGCUGGAAGAACUAGGAAGCUACUUAGGGAACUCCAAAGAUAACGAAGCGGUGGAGAAGGUCAUGAACGACUUGGACGCUAACAACGACGGCGAGGUGGACUUCACCGAGUUCAUCAUCCUGAUGGGCGCCCUCACAGUGGCCUGCAACGACUUCUUCCUGGAGUUCAAGACGGACGACAAGCCAAAGGGCGAGCAGUCGGCGGAGUAGAAGGGAAGGGAGGGAAGGAAGGAAGGAAUAGGGAAAGGGUUGUAAAUCACAGGCCAUGAGAAGCAUUUUUUAGGGCCUUGCGCAAUGUUUUAACGACUCAUGUACAGUACUGUGCAAAAUGACUUGCCUGCACUUAGCCCUCACUUUCCACUUAAAUUAAAUAGUUCAAGAUUUACAAUGGUAUCACCAGCUGUUGCAUUAUAUUCUUUUUUGGCUAACUAUCACAGCACAUAUUCAGUGAAUGCUAUACAUACUGUAUAAUCAAGAGCGUAGGUUUGCAUAAGGACGGUCGGGACAUAACACUACCAACUUUUCAGGAUGCUCAAAUUGUCCCCACAAACUUUUAAGCAACCUUGUUUGCAUUAUAUAAAGAGUUCAGUUAUAUAGGUCAGCGUUUUUCAACCAGUGCACUGCGGUACACUAGUGUACCUUGAGAGAUCAUCAAUAUCGCUUUUUCAUUUUGUGUAUUUAUCUAUUUAUUUUAGGGCUGUCAAAAUUAUCGCGUUAACGGGCGGUAAUUAAUUUUUUUCAUUAAUCACGUUAAAAUAUUUGACGCAAUUAACGCACAUGCCCCGCUCAAACAGAUUAAAAUGACAGCACAGUGUAAUGUCCACUUGUCACUUGUGUUUUUUGGGAGUUUUGUCGCCCUCUGCUGACGCUUGGGUGCAACUGAUUUUAUGGGUUUCAGCACCCAUGAGCAUUCUGUAAUUAUCAACAUCAACAAUGGGGGGCUACUAGUUUAUUUUUUGACUGAAAAUUUUACAAAUUUUAUUAAAACGAAAACACUAAGAGGGGUUUUAAUAUAAAAUUUCUAUAACUUGUACAAACAUUUACCUUUUAAAAGCUACAAGUCUUUCUAUCCAUGGAUCGCUUUAACAGAAUGUUAAUAAUUGUUAAUGCCAUCUUGUUUAUUUAUUGUUAUGAUAAACAAAUACAGUACUUAUGUACAAUAUGUUGAAUGUAUAUAUCCGUCUUGUGUCUUAUCUUUCCAUUCCAACAAUAAUUUACAGAAAAAUAUGGCAUAUUUUAUAGAUGGUUUGAAUUGCGAUUAAUUACGAUUAAUUAAUUUUUAAGCUGUAAUUAACUGUAAUUAAAAUUUUAAUCGUUUGACAGCCCAAAUUUAUGGAUGUACUUAUUUAUUUAUUUCAAGGAAGGAAACUCAGCCUUGUUAACAGCACGCAGACGUCGUCGGGCGGAAUUGCAGUAGGAAGGAUGAAGUAGGUGCAAGUUUUUCAGUCAUGUGCAGGCGAGCGAGUUAUUGCUCAUGUCGCGUUCAAGAACUGCUGGGAUUUCUAGCCAUCAGCCACCUUGCUGUCCUCGACAGUGUGUUGGAAUAAAAUGCAGCGGGAGGACAAAGUUGUCACAUAUGGAUAAAAUGGAAAGACUACUUUAGUCUAUAUUGACACUUGACAAGGUUAAUCAAAUGAUGUACAGUAGACAUGCUGCGGUCUACAGUCGCGGACAGGUGGCUAAUCGCUAUAAUUUCGAGCAGUUCUUGAACGUAAUACGAGCAACUACCAUCCUCGCAGGCACGCACGCGAUCCAGUACCUUCCUUGUGAUGCACACGGAGGUCAUGUUGGCAGUUGUGGAUAACUUUUUAAAAAGAUUUCGAAAUCCAAACUGACUUCAGUAAAAGUUAUGUUUCGUUCAGAUUUACUUUCACCGGGGAUGAGACAAAACUCACUCCAUUAUGUUUCACAUUCCAUUAAAUAUCACACUGAGUAAGUAUAAAUAUUGAGAAAUUAUAUCAUAAUUAAAUAUACUGUACAGAAAGUCAUUUUGGAACAUUUUUAGUUUGUGGUGUGCAGCAAGAUUUUUAUCAAUGUAAAAAGUUCCAUGACUCAGAAAAGGUUGAAAAACACUGAUAUAAGUCAUUUAGAUCGUCUUCCCAUAUGUUGUAAGGAUAGAAUAGACCCUGCCAUCAUUACCGAGUAAGUUAUUUUAAUUAUGUUCAGACUUACAUUUAACUUGCUGAAUGUGCCGAUUCGUUUUUCGCCCCUCAAACGCACAUUUGAUUGGCGGCUGACUUGCCCCGCCCCCCCAAAUACACACAGACACGCAGGCAAACACACACAGCCCCGACAGAUUCAUGUCGACAACAUGCCUUUUCCGUCACCCCCUUUGAAGGGUAGCAAUAUUAGAAGUGUUUUUCGGCCAGCAGCAGCCACUGCAAGUAAUGUAAAAAGACGUCAAUGUUGUGGAGGUGGGGGAAACACCACUAAUUUUGCUACUGAAAGUCCGACCUGCAUCAGAGUUAGCAUAACAUUAAACUGUGGGAUAUUGUUGACCUCCAAAACUACUGCAGUCUGGACAGCCUCCACAAGGAACAAUGAAGUCAAGCUAGCCGUCCCUCAAUUGGAUCAUUGUUUGCAUUAUGUGCAUUACAGUAAUGCAACGCGGUGGCUUCAGAGUGCAAGUCCCUUUAUUUAAAAUUUUUUUUUUUUUUUUUAUGUUAUGUUAUAUCGUCCGUAUCAAUGUCCAAACCUACGUCCUUGUACAUAUUUGACCUUUCAGCAAAAUAGUUAAGUAAUUGUUGGUAGCUACUGCAUGAACAAAACUCUUUUGCAUAGUACUAUAUACAUUGUGGAUGAAAUUUGUGGGAGGGUUAAUUGAAUGCAAUGUGUGUGUUUCACUCCUCAAAGCAGAAAACACAGGCGUUUUUUUUAAGUUUCUUGCAAUGAAAGGGCAUAAAACUGGUUGCACGUGGCGAGAAUGUGAACAUAAUAUUGAAUCAUUGCUGAUUAUAUUAUUGCAUUGAGCACUGGAAUGUUUUCCCCCCUUCUACGCCUAUUUUGUAAUCUUUUUUUUUUUUUUGGUAAUGAGUCAUGCAUUCUUUCCAAUAAUUAAAUGUUAUA